AUGAAAUGUAUAUUUCUCAAUGUCCUUUUUAUUUGGUAUUUUUUUUUUGUAUAUGUGAAAAACAUUAGCAUCUUAAAAUAUGACAAGCCAAAGGUGUUAUUUAUACAAAAUAAUUUCGAACCUUUAAAUAAUAACAUAUUAAGGGUUCCAUUGAAUAUAUUAAGAAAAAGAACAAAUGUUGUAAAAAAUAAAAAGAAUAUUGUACCAUUUCAAAUAUUUUUAUCAUCAGAAAAUGAUGAAGGUUUAUAUUAUGAAUUAAAUCCUGAAAAUGUGGAAAAGGUUUUAAAUUUAAUCAGACCUAAAUUACAAAUAGAUAACGGUGAUGUAGAAUUGGUGGAUAUAAAAAAUAAUGAUUUAUAUAUUAGAUUGUUGGGAAAUUGUGUUACUUGCAGUUCUAAUAGUAUAACUGUUUCUCAUGUAAUUAAGAAAACAUUAAAAAUGUAUAUAAGAAAUGAACAGAAUCAAGAACCUAACGUAAUCAUAACAAACUUUGAUGAAAUCAAUGAACAAAAUAUUCAAAACUGCUUAAGUCAGUUGAAACCAUACUUGGAUUUUUUAAAAGUAGAAGUCAUAAUUAAAGAGUUGGUAAAUAAUAAGGAGAAUAUUAACAACUAUGUUUGUUUGAAAUUUCUAAAUAUAGAAAAUUCAAGUGAAGACAUAAAUAUACCCCACAACGUCAAAAAUGAAAUAACAGAAAGAUUAAAACAAAAGUUCCCCACUUUAACUGUUAAUUUUGAAAACUAA